UGGAGGAUCACCUCGGCGCUUCCCACCUCUGCUCCAUCGCAGGGGAACUUGCAACAUGCAGAGGAAGGUGGACAUACCGGGCAAGAAGCCUCAAAAGGCCUUGCUCCUCCUGGCGGGCAACGUCCGCUCCACUUUCAUCUUUGGACUCAUCUUCAUCACCACGGUUUCGGCACCGGCUAACGUCGUGCAGAAUCUGCCAGAACAUGUGAUCAAGCUGGACGGUGCAAACAUCAACCAGACCCUGACACAUGUGGACAAGCCGGACACUGUCGCAGUAAACAUCAACCAGGAUCUGACAGCACGUGUGGACACCCUGGACAGAGACGUAGUAAUGACUGUGAACUCUACAAAGAAAGCAGACGUCCACCCUCAAACGUAUACAUAUAUCUUCCCGGAAAGUCUGAUGGCACUCGUGUACAAGCUGGACACUGCAGGAGCAGUAAACAGCAUUAAAAUUGAGGCUCUCGAAACACGCAUGCUGGACAAGAUGGACAUUGCAGAAGCAAAACUUAAGGUUCUGGAAGAGCGCAUCCAGGCUCAGGAAGCACUCAUGAUGGACAAGCUGAACAAGCUGAAUAAGCUGGAGCGGGAUAUCGAAGAAGCAAAACUGAAGGUUCUGGAGGCACGUAUACUGGACAAAAUGGACAAGCACACUGCAGAAGCAAAACAAAAGGCUCUGACCACACGUGUGGACAAGCUGGACACAGUCACAGAAAACAUCAGCCAGGCUCUGACCACACGGGUGGACACGCUGGACACAGUCACAGAAAACAUCAACCAGGCUCUGACCGCACGUGUGGACAAGCUGGACAGAGUCACAGAAAACAUCAACCAGACUCUGAAAAAACGUGUGGACACGCUGGACACAGUCACAGAAAAGAUCAGCCAGACUCUGACCGCACGUGUGGACACGCUGGACACAGUCACAGAAAAGAUCAGCCAGGCUCUGACGGCACGUGUGGACACGCUGGACACAGUCACAGAAAACAUCAGCCAGACUCUGAAAAAACGUGUGGACACGCUGGACACAGUCACAGAAAACAUCAACCAGGCUCUGACCGCACGUGUGGACACGCUGGACACAGUCACAGAAAACAUCAACCAGACUCUGACCGCACGUGUGGACACGCUGGACACAGUCACAGAAAAGAUCAGCCAGGCUCUGACGGCACGUGUGGACACGCUGGACACAGUCACAGAAAACAUCAGCCAGACUCUGAAAAAACGUGUGGACACGCUGGACACAGUCACAGAAAACAUCAACCAGGCUCUGACCGCACGUGUGGACACGCUGGACACAGUCACAGAAAACAUCAACCAGACUCUGACCGCACGUGUGGACACGCUGGACACAGUCACAGAAAAGAUCAGCCAGGCUCUGACGGCACGUGUGGACACGCUGGACACAGUCACAGAAAACAUCAGCCAGACUCUGAAAAAACGUGUGGACACGCUGGACACAGUCACAGAAAACAUCAACCAGGCUCUGACCGCACGUGUGGACACGCUGGACACAGUCACAGAAAACAUCAACCAGACUCUGACCGCACGUGUGGACACGCUGGACACAGUCACAGAAAAGAUCAGCCAGGCUCUGACGGCACGUGUGGACACGCUGGACACAGUCACAGAAAACAUCAGCCAGACUCUGAAAAAACGUGUGGACACGCUGGACACAGUCACAGAAAACAUCAACCAGGCUCUGACCGCACGUGUGGACACGCUGGACACAGUCACAGAAAACAUCAGCCAGGCUCUAACUGCACGUGUGGACAAGCUGGACACAGUCACAGAAAACAUCAGCCAGGCUCUGACUGCACACGUGGACACGCUGGACACAGUCACAGAAAACAUCAGCCAGAUUCUGAAAGAACGUGUGGACACGCUGGACAAAAAAGCAGCAAACACUGAGGACGUUAAGGAGCUGAAAGAACGUGUGGACCAGCUGUAUGAGGUAGCAGACAAACGUAAGGUGGGCUUCUCAGCAUCACGGGGCGACAAAAAGAAGGUUGACAAGGUGGUCUUCAGCAAUGUGUACGCCAACGUGGGUAACACAUAUAACUCCGACACAGGUGUUUUCACAGCCCCCUGCAAGGGCCUCUACUUCUUCACCCUGACCUACCACAAGAAAGAUGGGUACAUUGAUCUAGGCUUGUAUCGGAAGAAAGGGAAUGAGAGGAAGAAGUGGAUCAUGGGGAUCAUAGACAACACCUACUAUUACAAUCACAGUGGCACCAGCAGCAGGAUCAUAGAACUGGAUAAGGGAGAAACCGUGUUUGUCACGCCUUAUAGUGCCCAUGAGUACGAGACAACUGCUAAACUGUUUGGAUAUACCGCUUUCAGCGGCUUCCUCAUUGCUCCCAUGUAAAGUAGAGGUCAGCGCAUCCAUCCAUGAUGUUACCAAUAAUACCAGGGCGGUAUCACUAUGGGAUGGAUGCUAGCAUGAGUUGAUGUGUUUAUUCCAUAAUAUUUGUGUGUGGGUUUUCUUGUGUGUAAUGUUGUGUGCAACCUUGUGAUGGCGACUUGUCUGGUCCCGUUGCGUUUUAUCGAUAUCUGAGUGGCACGCGUUAGGAUUGAACAGUUGGUGUAUCGGCUGAUGCCACCUACUGAUCAUGUUUUGAGUAUUGUACUGUACUACAUUGUUUUCCUAAAGGACUGUUUGCCACCAUUAGGCGGCUGCCUAGAGGGCGCCCUAAUGCGUUGAGCACCUAAGCCACACCCCACGUAACACCCAUGCGGACUAGCUAUGUUUGUCAGCAAACAAUAGCAAUUUGGUUAAGUUUAGCUGCUAACGUUAGCGCAACACAAGGCAAACAGUCCCUUAUCAUACACAGUAUUUUAUCUUGUUUUCAUGUGUACUUAACAUCGUGAUGGCGGCUUGUCCGGUCACGUUGUGUUUUAUCAUAUUUUGGAUGUUUGUAGCCUAGGGCACCAACUUGGGAAGUUGUUGCACGUAUUACAUCUUGCUCGUUUCCUGCGUCGAGCACGUAUGCCCCACGUAACACCCACGCGCACUAGCUAUGUUUGGUUAAGCUUAGCUGUUAAUGUUAGCAUGAGAAUUUUUAUGGUAAUUGUGACAAAUCUGGACAUAUUAUAUAAAACUAUUGCUAACAUGCUAGCCGUGGGUGAAUUUCUCAUACUUGGUAACCUAGAGUUGCCAACAGUGCCUUUAAAUGUUUGCAUUAUUUGACAAAUAUCUGCAUUGCUAACGUAUCUUUUACUUUAUCAUUCUACAUAUUAUGCCAACAUGCCACUGGAUGUGUGAAUGUCGUCUGCAAUCAAUAAAUGCUGACAUUGGCAAGCUUACCUUAUUUCACAAUUAGCUAAGUGCUAACGUCAGCAAGGAGUGUAAAGUUGACUAUAGGGGUGUUUCAUGUCUAGAGGUCUAAAUUACAGAAGUGUAGAAGGUGGUAAACAGGUUUUCUAUCAUUUUCUCUUGUCUAAAUCAUGUAAAGGUGACUAGGGGUGUUCUAAUGUUCAAAAGUGACUUUGGAAGGUGUAGAGUGGAAAAGUUUGAAUGAUGCAUCAAAUGCACAAAUAAUGAAGCAGAUGGAAGAAAUACAGUCAUUCCUUGCCAUAUCAUGGUUUUUCAAACGUUAAUGAAUAAACAAAGCUGUUCUGUGCUUGGA